AUCCACAUUGGACCCCAAUGCCGUGCACUUUCGAUUAUAAUAAUGGUGGGUUCUUCAAAACAAACUGCCAAGUAACUUUUCACCGUAGUUCCUUCUUGCAGGUUCUCUCUCUCACAGACACCAAAGUUACUGGGUUGUUUCUCAUGUUCUUGUUAUGUCUAAAUCUGAAGUUUGUUGAUGUUUUUUUUCACGCUCACAAGCAUGAAGUAAUGGAAAUGUUUACUCUCACAAGUUUAUAAGAAGUAGGAAGAGACUCAAUUAUUUUCGCUAAUUUCUUUUAGUGGUUUGAUCUUUGCAGUGCUUGCUUGCUUUAUUUUCUGCUAAAAAACCAAGAAAAUAUGAUUCCAAGUUGAGUAUGAACAUUUCUUAAUUACCUUUUGAUGCGGGAUAUAUUUCUCAUGAAUCUAUGAAGAGUCUUUCAUGAUCACUGCUAGUGUUGUUUUAGACCUGCUUUUCUCUGUGUUUAAUUCGGUGUUUGUAAAUGUUGAUAGCCUGUUGAGUGAAACGGAAUUUUGGUGGAUUUGGGAUAAUGUAAAACCAAGAUUUUGGCCACGUUAGAGAGUAAUCUGUAAAAGUGAACUUAAUCUGGGUGUUGUCAGUAUCGAGUAAGAUGAUAAUUUUCUCCAAUUUUAUAGCACAAAUUGUGAAAAAAUUCUCGUUUCUCCUAGGGAUGAUCAAGGAGAUUACAGUGGUCUUGUGUCUGGGGUUGGCUGUAUGGGCAUAUCAGACCACCCACCCUCCACCUCCGAAGCUCUGUGGUGCCCCAGGUGGUCCUCCCGUUACAGCACCUAGAAUAAAGCUGAGAGAUGGGAGGCAUCUGUCCUACAAGGAGCAUGGUUUUCCUAGAGAAAAGGCCAAAGCUAAGAUCAUACUUGUUCACGGCUUUGCCAGUACGAAACAUGACAUAAUGAGUAUGACACACCUUGUUCCGCAUGUUGUUGAGGAGCUUGGGUUGUACUUUGUGUCCUUUGACCGGCCGGGUUAUGGAGAAAGUGAUCCAGAUCCAAAGCGAACUCCGAAAAGUAUAGCUUUAGAUAUAGAGGAGCUUGCUGAUCACUUAGGACUAGGAUCCAAGUUUUAUGUGAUGGGGUACUCCAUGGGAGGCCAAGUGGUUUGGGGCUGCCUCAAGUACAUACCUCAUAGGCUCGCAGGAGCAACACUAAUUGCUCCUGUCGUCAACUAUUGGUGGCCUUGCUUUCCUGCCAACUUAUCGACAGAAGCCUACCACCGGCAGAUACCACAGGAACAAUGGAUGUUAAGCGUUGCUCACCAUGCUCCGUGGCUCACCUACUGGUGGAACACUCAGAAAUUGUUUCCUGCAUCGGCUAUUAUCGCCAGGAAGCCUGAGAUUUUCUCCCGCCAGGAUUUAGAACUCGCACCUAUGGUUGCAGAGAACAGCAAGGACAGUCCACCAGCAACGCCGCAAGGAGAAUUUGAGUCCUUACAUCGAGACUAUAAUGUUGGAUUGGGGAAGUGGGAAUUUGAUCCCAUGGAGCUUGAAAAUCCUUUUCCUAACAAUGAAGGCUCAAUUCAUCUAUGGCAGGGUGAUGAAGAUGCAGUGGUGCCAGUGAGCUUGCAGCGAUAUAUAGCCCAAGGAAUUCCAUGGAUUAACUACCAUGAAUUGCCUGGUGCUGGACAUCUAUUCCUCGUUAUCCCACAGAACUUCGAACAAAUUGUAAAAGCUCCUUUUCCGGGAAAAGAGUAAAUCCUAUUUGUUGUUGGGCUUAGGUGUGGACAGUGUAUCCUUGAUGCUGUUCUUAAUUGCAAACAUCUCUUGUCUUUGUGCUGUACAAGCUAUGUUAGCAAGACAUAAAUAAAUUUGUAAAAUUAGGCAUCCAAAUUGGACCCAAAUGCCGUGCACUUUCGUCUAGGAUUGUUAAAUAAAUAAAUAAUUCGUGCGCUUUUAUAA